CGAUUUGUUGCAACUUGCAGAUAUUCGGCCCAAACGCGGUGUCCUUUAAUGACCUCACAUCCUGUUUUCCCACUUCCUUGUAAAUGGACCGGUUUGGGACGGUCCGGGUCGCCGCGCAGCGUGGAUCACUGCUGUGUCCGCGCGUUUCUUCGGGCGCACGCUGCAUGAUCCGCAGUGUUUGCGGGCUGCAGAGGGCAUCCAAGCAAACUUUCAUGCAACAGCUCCCUAUGCAGCGUCUGAGCUGAUAGAGCAGAGAGGGGAGGCAUCGUUGUGGCACUUCUGAGAACAUAAAGAUGAAAGAGGUGAAGAUCAUCAACCAGGGCCUGGAGGACGAGAUGGAGGUGUCGGGGUACCGGCCCUGCCUGUGGAAGAUGAUCCUGGUGGGGGUAGGUGCUGUUUGCUCCGGUGGUCUCCUGCUGCUGCUCCUCUACUGGCUGCCUGAGUGGGGUGUGAAGAGCACCUGUACACACACCUCGCUGAAGGAUGCACACACAGUGCUGCUCAGGACAACGGAUGAGUUCAGACAGUGGUUUCGAGCCAAAGUACACGUGAUGCUGGCUUCUGGGAAGAAGCCCUUUGACAGUUUGGAUUCCCAGUGUGAAAAUCAGCUACCAAAUGGAGACAGAGACCUUAGUGUCAGCGCUGCACAUGAAGACCGUUAUGGACCGUUUUCUCACUGUCAGCUGGUUCAGGUCCACUACUUCACCCACCACAGCACUCGAUACUACUGGAAUGAUGUGAUGCAGAACUUUGAAUUAUAUAAAGGCCUGGAGGAUCUGAAUGUGAGCUGUGAAAGCCUUCACUCUGACCACAGCUCUGGGCUUUCUAAAGCAUUACAGGACUACAGGAGGUUGUUUUUCGGGGAGAAUGAGAUUGCGGUGCGAGUGCCCUCUCUGUUCAAGCUUCUCAUAAAGGAGGUCUUGAACCCUUUUUACAUCUUCCAGCUAUUCAGUAUUAUUCUGUGGAGUCUUGAGGACUAUUAUUAUUACGCCUCAGCCAUCGUUUUUAUGUCUGUCAUUUCAAUCGUUACUUCACUGUACACCAUUAAAAAGCAAUAUGUCAUGCUGCAUGACAUGGUCGCAGCGCACAGCGUGGUUCGUGUCUCAGUGUGCAGACAAAAUAAAGAUAUCGAACAGGCCAUGUCGACUGAGCUCGUGCCCGGGGAUGUCAUCGUUAUUCCGGUGAAUGGGAUGAUAAUGCCGUGCGACGCCGUUCUCUUCCAUGGAACCUGCAUUGUGAACGAGAGCAUGCUGACAGGAGAAAGUGUACCAGUUACCAAGACCAGCCUGCCCAGUGCCGGCAAGGAUGGAGUCAGGAUCUACAACAUGGAGGAGCACAAGAAGCACACCCUGUACUGUGGUACCCAUGUCAUUCAGACUCGCUUCUACACUGGUGAACUGGUGAAAGCUGUUGUGGUCAGAACAGGCUUUAGUACGGAGAAAGGCCAACUGGUGCGCUCCAUUCUUUACCCUAAACCCACUGACUUCAAGCUGUACCACGACGCAUAUCUGUUCCUGCUGUGUCUGGUUGGGGUAGCAGGGAUCGGCUUCAUAUACACCAUCAUCCACAGUAUCAUGAACAAGGUUCCAGCUAAAACCAUCAUCAUUGAAUCCCUGGACAUCGUGACCAUCACUGUGCCCCCGGCCUUACCGGCAGCCAUGACGGCUGGUAUUGUUUAUGCACAGCGGCGUCUGAAGCAUGUCGGCAUCUUCUGUAUCAGUCCGCAGAGGAUUAACAUGUGUGGUCAACUUAACGUGGUUUGCUUUGACAAGACUGGUACUCUGACUGAGGAUGGUUUGGACCUGUGGGGCAUUCAGAGGGCAGAGGAUGGCAGCUUUUCUUCACCUGAGUCUGAGGUAGCUAAAGAAAGUCUGGUGAACACUGCAUUUGUGGCCUGCAUGGCAACCUGCCACUCACUGACCAAAAUAGAAGGAGAACUCUCCGGGGAUCCUUUGGACCUCAAGAUGUUCAGUGCUACAGGCUGGAUCCUUGAGGAACCCACAGAGGAAGAAACCGCGCUCCACAAUCCUAUAAUGCCCACAGUCGUACGACCUCCGAAGCACAACACCCCUGAAGCCCAUCAGAGCAAUUCACUAACUCAGAGCAUGGAGCUUUCUGAAUUAUCCGCCUGUGAGAUCGGCAUCGUGCGUCAGUUCCCCUUCUCCUCGGCGCUGCAGAGGAUGAGUGUGGUGGUCAGGAGGUUGGGAGUCAAACACAUGGACGCCUUUUUAAAAGGAGCACCGGAGGUCGUGGCCAGCCUCUGCAGACAGCACACAGUCCCACAGAUGUUCACAGAGACUCUGGAGACCUACACUAGGCAGGGCUUCAGGGUUAUUGCCCUGGCACAUCGUCAGCUAGAGUCCAAACUCUCAUGGCACAAAGUCCAGAGCCUCAGCAGGGACGUAAUAGAGACCAACAUGGAGUUCCUCGGUCUGCUCAUCAUGCAGAACAAAAUCAAACCAGAGACUGCUGGAGUUUUAUGUGAAUUGCAGCAAGCCAGCAUCCGCACAUUGAUGGUCACAGGUGACAAUAUGUUGACGGCUAUAUCGGUGGCUCGAGACUGUGGAAUGGUCCGUCCACAUGCAAAGGUCAUAAUAGCAGAUGCUGUGCCUCCCAAAGAUUUCCAGCCUGCUAGGAUCACGUGGCAAUACACUGAAAACCGAGCUCAGGCUGUCAAGGACAAUGAGACUGUGGAAAUUGACCUGGGUGAAGGGACCUGGGACGGGACUGUUUCUCAUCAGGAGCAGAGUUAUCACUUUGCUGUGAGCGGGAGGGCCUUCGCUGUCAUCAUCGAACACUUUCCUCAUCUCAUCCAGAAGCUUGUGCUGAGAGCCACCGUGUUUGCUCGAAUGGCUCCAGACCAGAAGACUCAACUUGUGGAAGUCCUGCAGAGCAUGGAUUACACCGUUGGGAUGUGUGGUGAUGGUGCUAAUGACUGUGGAGCUCUGAAGAGAGCUCACAGCGGGAUUUCUCUAUCAGAGCUGGAGGCCUCAGUCGCAUCACCCUUCACCUCCUCCACCUCAAACAUCUCCUGUGUCCCCAACCUAAUCAGGGAGGGACGGGCUGCCCUCAUAACAUCUUUCUGCGUGUUUAAGUUCAUGGCUCUCUACAGCAUCAUCCAGUUCAUCAGUGUCACCCUGCUCUACUCGGUUCUCAGUAACUUGGGAGACUUCCAGUUUCUCUUCAUUGACCUCAUCAUCAUUCUAACCAUCGCCUUUACAAUGAGUCUGAACUCAGCGUGGAGGGAGCUGGUGUGGCGUCGCCCGCCGUCCAGUCUGAUCUCAGGCCAGCUGCUCUGCUCAGUUCUGACCCAGAUCCUCACCUGCCUGGUCUUCCAGGUCCUGGCUUUUGUCCUGGUACGACAGCAGAGCUGGUACGAGAUAUGGACGCCUCAGUCAGACGCCUGUAAUGUUUCCAGGUCUGGUUUCUCUGUCAGCGUUAAUGUAACAGGGCCUCACAAUGAUAAAAACAUCAGGAACUAUGAGAACACCUCUCUCUUCUACAUCUCCACUUUCCAGUAUUUAGUGGUCGCGAUUGUUUUCUCCAAGGGAAAACCCUUCAGACAGCCGAGCUACAAGAACUGGCCGUUCAUGCUGACCUGCAUCGGCCUGUAUACUUUCCUACUUCUCAUCAUGCUGCAUCCUUUCCCCGCCGUCGACAGCUUCCUGGAGAUCGUGUGUGUUCCCCAUGACUGGCGUGUUACUCUGGUCAUCAUUAUCAUUGGGAAUGCGGCUGUUUCUUUCCUGUUGGAGAUUUUGAUCCUUGACAUCAUCUUGUGGAGGCUAGUUUUCAGAGGCAAUCGCGGGGCGUAUCGCCCUGCUCGGCCCUCCUCUGCUCACGCACCACAGGAGGCCAAUGACCGCUGGGCUUCGUCUGUCCUCUCCUGGAUGUUCUGUCGGAGAAACAAGCCACCAAGGGCGCUGUAUAUGCAUCUGGCUCUGGAGCUGCAGGAAGAUGGUGACUGGCCCCCCAAACCCUCCACUGUCACCUAUGCCAGUGACCCAAGAUCCAGCAUCUCUGACCUCAACGUGACUGCCAAGCAAAAUGCAACACAGGCUAAACCUGAAGCUUCCCUGAAGCUUGUAUGAUGGUUUAAUUCACCUCAUCAAAAUGGACAAACACCCUGCACUUCCAUUAAAGCUGUGCUAUCACUGCAUAAACUUGAGCCAGAGGAUUGCUAAAGGAAUAGCAUGGCAUUAUUUGCUUUUUUGGUAAAUGUUUAAGGUCUCAACCAUUUAAUUUAGCCUAGCACCAGGGCUGGAAACAAGGGGAGCAGCUACCCAGUAAAUGUGCCACCUUGGGACCUGUGUGAGGUCACUGUGGGCAGGUCCACAUGGCCCACAGUGGAGAGCCCACUGUGAGCUAUGGGUACCAGUGUGAAAUGUAGGGCACAUAGUCCCAGUAGGGCAGCCCACAUCAAGAGUGUGGGCAUACUGUGGGUAAGCUGCAGGCCUACAAUGGGCCCCACUGUGAGUCCUUCUGCAGCCCACAGUCAGACCAUGCUAUGGGCUGCCUCACAGUGCAGGGCCCAGAUACGCCCUACAUUUCACACUCAUACCCAGGCCCCACAGUGAGGGGCCCACAUGUGCCCCAUGGUACAUUACUGCCAUCAACUGGUAUGGAGAGUUGACCAGAAUAUCAAAAAACAAGAAGUUGCUUUCAGCUGCUCCCUUAUUCACAAGUGCUCACCAGAGCAGGUAGCGCCACAUUUGAUUUGGCAGAUUUUCAUACCAGAUUCUUUUCAUGACUCAACCCCCAAAAGGAUCUCCUCCCAGGCUCAAACCAGGGAACAUUUUCAUGUUGGGUAAAUGUGUAAACCACUACACCGUGGAGCCACUCACUCCAAAAAUAACCCCAAUAAAACCCCCAAAACCCUCAGAUCCUAUCAAACAAGUUACUCUAUCAUAGAAAAUGGAAUAUGGCCUGAUAACUUUCACUUCUUUAAUUAUUUUGCAGUAUAUCAAUAAGAUCCAGUUUAACUUCCAAUUCCAUUGAUGUUCAGUUGCCUCCUCUUCUCCACAAGAGUCACAAUUCCCUGUGUGUGUGUGUGUGUGUGUGUGUGUGUGUGUGUGUGUGUGUGUGUGUGUGUGUGUGUGUGUUUGUUUCUUUAUUAUAAGUAAUAGCAGCAAACAUGCCUGUGUAGCCCCAAAGCGAGUAAGUGUGGGUACCCUGUGGAGCUGUGUGGGUAGGGCAAACGCACAGUUAUCCCAUGCCUAUCCCAGGUGGGUGUCCCCACACAGGGCCCAUAGCAAUUUUGCCCUUUUGGGUCCCCAUGAGGGUUUUCUGUAGGCAACACAUAGUGGUUUGCCCAUAGAAAGCCCCAAAAGGCAAACCAGCUGUGAGUCCUAUGGAUACACCUACUUGGGGCCUGCAUGGGUUUUCCCUGCCCACACAGGCCCGCCGUUCACUCACACCUACCCACUGUGGGCCUGCACGGGCAUUUUUAUUGGGUAGCCUGUCUCUGUGCAAAGCUAGGUUCACUGACGAUCAGAUUCCAGGCUAGGUGUUUUUCUCUUGCUACUAGUCUUGGUGCUAAGCUAAUUAUCUGUUGGUUACUGUGCAAACAUGGUACUGUCAUGUAAUCCCAAUCCUUAGAAGCAUACAAAAUGCAAGUACUGUUCUAGACACUAGACACUGGGAAUUAUCAGAUUAAUCUUUCCAUUGUUUUGAGUUUUCAUUAUGUCCCACUCUUUGAAAUAUCUCAAAGUCUGACACUGAACAAAAGAUCAGAUCUAUCAUAUGGAUCCACUGUCCUCCUGCUCUUUUCAUCAUUCAGUUUCAUUGGCUGCUGCUAGAACUUCAAAGGUGUACAAAUUCAAAGAAAAAGUCAAAGAAACAUGAGCGAUUUAAUGCCUGUUCAUGAGCGUAACUGGUACUUUCCUAUUUCUGAGGCAGAACACAUUCCACUGCUGCAUUUCUUUCUUUUUUAGGAGCUGCUCUGAAUGAAUUUCUUCCUGUGGAAGCAAGAAGCAGAAAAACAUCACUUUUUAACUAUUAUUUUUUUUAAUUAGGCAUCUAUGGAUGUAAUAGAGGAAAGUUUGGAUUAUGCCAUUUAGCAUCACAAAGGUACUGUACAGCAAUGUUUUGAUUAAUUUAACAGAUGUAAUUAAUCAGAGCCGAUCUUUAAAAAACUUGCUGCUAUAAAAAUGUUUUAACAGUUGAUUUUAAUCUAAUUUUGUAAACAUAUCUUACGUCAGUUUUAAAAAAACGUUAAAUCACUGUAAUGAAAUGUUCGUUCUUAAUGCGAAAAUAGAACAUUUUUAACAGAAACUGUAACAUGGCAUUUGUGCUUAUUUUCUUAUUUCAACGAUGUGACAAAAAAUGUUUUGUGUUCGUGCUGCAGAA